UCAGAGAGAGGGAGAGGGAGAGAGAGAGAGUACUGGGAGAGUGAGUGGGAGUUUCUAAGUGGGAACAGAGAAUUUACUGUUUCAUAUUACACAGAAAAGAGGAGAAAGAGGAGAAGAGUUAAUGGUGGGUGAGGGCUCUGGUGGGUUGUCCAGUCAGGCUCUGUUUUGAAUGUAGCUGCUUGUGUAAGUGCUGUGCAGUUUUGUUUAUGGAUUCGCUGACUGUGGAAAAUGUACUUCUCUAUAGCGGUCCUUGUCCUGACUAAGGCUCUGGUCACAGAGGUCUGUCAUGGCCUGAAUGUGACAGUGACCCCUGGGCCUGUUGUCAUGGUAACAGAGAAAGACAACGUGACACUCUCCUGCCUGGUGUCUCAGAGGAAGAGGAGCGGCAGCGUCCUCAUCCUACGCUGGUUCUUUUCUCCUCCCGCUGCUCCCACUCUGGCGCCUCCUCCCUCUCCAUCCCCGUCUCCUCCUGCACUCGAGACCUCUCAGUUUCUGAUUGUGAAGAUCGGCAUAAAGAAAAUAAAGCUGUAUGGGAACUACACCCGUCGUUUCCCCCAGCUAAAGUUUCGUCUGUUUGAGGACACGGUGGGAGAGGUGUACCGGUUGCAGAUUCUCAAUGUGACCGGGACGGACCAGGGUUUCUACUCCUGCAGAGUUCAGGAGAUUCGAAAACACAGAAACACAUGGAGGGCAUCGUCCAAUGGUACCAACACCACACAGCUGACAGUGCACUUCGCUCUCGACAGUGGAAGCAGUAAAGGACUGUGGCGUUUAUUUGCAGAUGUGUAUCUGUGCGCUGUGCUGAUUUGCUCACUGGGCCUGCUGUCCAUCUUCCUGUUCACUCUGGUUCUCACAUGCCAGUACUUACACAGAAGACACAGGCUCAAAGCGAGUUACCUGCUGGUCAAGUGUCCAGAAAGCAGCUCAGGAGAAACUGUAACCAGCUCCAGCAGUACUUCCAGUUACUCCCCAAGAGCCCAGAGGAAAGACACAAGACAUAAAACUGACCGAAGAGUAGCAGUAACACCACCUAAGCUACCUGAGGAGCCCCCACCACCUCCAAUGCAAGCCAAAGUGCCCGUUGCUGCAAAGAGACCUCAGAAGCCCAGAAGGUUAAAGCAUCAUCUCAGGGCUACUGCAAAUCCUCGAGCAUCACACGAGGAUAGUCUGACAUACGCAGAAUUGGAGCUGGUCAGGCCGAGGCCGGAGCCCCCAGCCUCCUCCAGCCCUGACCCCGCUCCAUCCAGCCCGGACACUGUGUACGCUCAGAUCCUCUUCCAGGAAAAACAGCUGUAGACACAGCAGCUCUGGACUCGUGGAUGUCAUGGCACCUCCCUCCCACCAUGACUGAGAAAGGACUAUAUUUAUGAACUAUUAAUAUGGCAUUUAGCAUUUGUUUUUUUGGCUGUAAGUACGCUACAACUGUUCGUAAAUGAGGGUUUUGUGUUUCCUCGGCACAGUUCCAUUCCAGCACAGCAGUUUCUGGGUCUUAUAAUUCUGUUGUUUUGUUUGUUGGCAUCGCUGGCAUGUGAGCCAGAUGUUUAUAAAAACGCUUUGUUACUGUUAACUAUUCUGUAUAAACUCAGGAGACUGUGUGGAAAGAAACUGUUGUCCAGGCUCUGUUACUGCAGUAUCAUAAGGCACAGUAACACUUUUCAAAUGCAUUUGUAUUUACAGUACUAAUUAUUAAAAAUAUCAAUCAGAUAUUAUUUAUA